GUUUUAGUUGAGUUGCUUAAUUGUUCUCGCCUAAAAACUGAAAUGCAACUGUGCACUUUUCAGUUUCACAUAAUUCAGUUGUCAAAAUGUCUUCGUCGGAUGAGGAUAUGCUUGUAGCAUUAAUGUAUUUGAGACAUAAAAAACGGCAAAAAAAAAGAAUAUGGGCUCAUCCUUAUUAUUCAUUACACAUUAACCAUAGUUCAUUCAUAUUAUCCAGAGAAUUAGAUCAAGAUCCAGGCAAAUUUCAUGGAUUUUAUAGGAUGAGCAUUGAAACGUUUCAAGAUUUAGUCGAAUUAAUGAAACCAUCAAUUAAAAGACUGGAUACAAACUACCGAAAAGCAGUGUCAGUCGAGGAAAGACUUCUCAUUACGAUAAGGUAUAUGGCAACAGGAGAAAGUUUUAGAGCUAUGACAUAUCACUUUAUGAGAGGGCUUACGACAAUUAGUACUAUUGUUUCAAACACUACUGAAAAUAUUUGGACCGUACUUCAUCCAGAAUAUUUGGGUUCACCAACGCAAGAAAAAUGGAUACAAAUUUCUAACAGAUUUUAUGAAUUAUGGAAUAUACCAAACUGUUUAGGGGCGAUUGACGUACUUAUGGCUUGUGUUGACGCCGACGGAUUAUUUACAACGAUAGAUGUUGGUGAAGUAGGGAGAAAUAGUGAUGGUGCUGUUUUUCGAACUUCAAAUCUCGGACGUGCUCUAAAUUUAGGUGUAUUACAGCUACCUCCCAGUAAACCAUUACCUUCAAGUAAUGAUGAAAAUGAUUUUCCUUUUUAUUUUGUAGCGGAUGAAGCUUUUCCCCUCACAAAAUAUAUAAUGAGACCUUAUCCAAAACGAAGUUUGGACAAUAAAAAAAGAGUUUUCAAUUAUCGACUUUCAAGAGGCCGUAAAAGUGUCGAGUGUGCGUUUGGUAUGUUAGUAUCCAAAUUUCGUUUAUUUGAAGGACCAAUUUGUUGUAAGGAAGAAACUAUAAAUUUCAUUAUAAAAGCUGCUUGUGUCCUUCACAAUUUUAUUCGAAUAAAACAAGGAAUAUUUACUCAUCCUAAACAGUUUGAAAUACAACAAGAAAAUCAUCAAAUUUCGAAUAUUCAAGUUCAACAAAAUCGAGUUCAACAAGUAAUAAGACCUUUAUCAGAGGCACAACAAAACAGGGAAAAAUUAUGUAAUUAUUUUAUGUCACCAGCCGGUUCUAUUCCAUAUCAAUGGAACACUAUAAUUUAA